AUGGACCAGCCAGAAGGCCCCGUCCCUCCCGCCGCAAAACCAACCCGGAAGACAUCGUCUUUUGAACGAGAAGGGUGGUGGAGAGUAGCAUUAACAAAUACUCCUGUCCCCGGCACUUACCACUUGAAAACUUUUAUUGAAGAAUCCCUAUUAAAUCCAGUGGCAGCAACCUACAAUUUUAAAAAUGAAGGAAGGAGAAAACCACCUCUUGUGCAAAGAAACAAUCCAGUACUAACCGACCUUCCCCCGUACAUGCCUCCUGACUUCUUGGACUUGUUGAAGAAGCAAGUGACCACUUAUUCAUUUAAAGACCAACCACGGUCAAGCCCCAGCUCACUGGUUUACAGAGAUCAGUCAGUUAAGCUUUCACCAGGACAAUACAAUCUACUUCCUGCACCAGUUCCCAAGCACGCUUCCAGGAGCUUCGUAUUUCGUUCUACAGUUCAAAGAUUUCCAACAGCCUGCUUCACUCCUGUAAGUAUAUUGUAGACACUUAACU